AUGCCUCCGCGGACGAGGAGGGUUCUUCGCGGCGGAGCCACACCGGCAGCUAACAGCGAUGAUACGUCCGGCCAAGGCAGCCCUGCCGCUGCAUUGGAGCCGACAGCAGCUUCUGAAGCAGCAGGCGCAACAGAAGCUUCAGAAGCAUCAACACUGGUACCAACACGAACAGCCGGGAGCCGGUCAUUUAAGCUGCGGCCGAAGGUGGUGCGGCGUGCAGACGAGGAGCGCAAGGCUCUCGCGGAGCAGGAAGAGAAGAAGCUGCUCGACCGUGCAGCAGUGGACGAUGCUCGCCGACGGAGAGAGAGCCGGAUGCGAGGUGGCCGGGGUCGAGGUCGGGGAGGUCGUGGUCGUGGCCGGGGAGAUUUUGCUGGUGGCCGUGAUGGUCUAAUCAGACGGACAGUGGCGCCUGACGGGCCGUUCUCGCAGAUGCCGGGUUCAUUAUCUCAAGGCCGUGGCAGACCAGGACAGGGUGGCUUCGGCGGUGGUGGCGGUGGCGGUGGUGGUGGUGGUUUUGGCGGCGGUGGCAGAGGGUCGGGUCCCAGCUCUGGCGGGUUUCUUUCGGUUUCUGGCCCGGCGGUAGAGGUCGACCUGCGGCUGAACACGGACAUGUUUAACGGACGGAUGGCGGACUACGCAGACGGCGACGACGUGGCGGUCAAGGACGAGUUCGCAGCCGAAACGAUCAGCAGCACCAGCUCGGGCAAGAAGAUACCACAGCUGUUGCCGAUGGGCAUCAAGCGGGAGGAGUUCCGGGAGACGGGGAUGGUGGUGGCAGCGACCGAUGAGCUCGAGGCGACAGCGGGUGAAGGGGACGCGGUGGACGACGGAGAGGCCGACGACUCGGGCUCCGAUCUGUUUAUCGGGAACGGCGACGUGACGACAACGGGUGGCAGCGCCGACGACGACGAGGUGUGGUCCCGGGCGAUUAAGACGCAGCGAGGCGUAAAGCUGAUCGGACCGGACGGCCAGGAGAUUGAGGUGACGGACAUUGACACGCUGGCAGAGAAGCGGCAGGAGAUUGCGGCAGCCGCAGCAGCAGCCGGACAAAGACCAAGCGGCGAGGAGGGAGAAGAGGGCGGCAUCAGCAGCAGCAGUGGUGUGGUCAAGACGAAGAAGCGGAGACCGCAGAAGGAAAAGGAAAAGGACCCGGAAGAGGUGAUGGUGGAAGAGGGCCUGCAGGCGAUGCUGCACGACCUGGCCAUUGACCCGCCGCGCGAUUCGGGAACAGCACCGCUGGCCAUCCACUCCAACGAGUCUGCGGCCGACGACGAAGAAGAGAGACGGAAGCAGCAGGAGUCCGCCGAGGCGCCGCAGCGGGAGGGCCGGCUGUUCCUGUUUCAGUUUCCGCCGGUGCUGCCGUCGCUGCAGCCCUUCCAGCCGAGCAGUCCGACAAUCAAGAACAGCAGCCACGUGGGCGGUGUCGUGAAGCCGGAUCCGGACGAGCACAGCGACGUGGUGAUGCUCGACAGCGUGCCAGCGGCAGCGGCGGUAGAUCUCACGGGCAGCGGUGACAACAGCAACGACAACGACGGACGCAAGCCAUCGGACAUUGGCGAGGGCGGCUUCCUCGGCACGCUGACGAUCCGCAAGUCCGGGCGGGCCGAGCUCAGCUGGGGCGGCAUGACGUACGAGAUGAUGCCGGGCUCGGACGUGCAGUUCCUCACGACGGCAGUACUGCUGGAAGAGGCAGACGAGAAGCCGAACGUGGGCGAUGGACAGCCGACCGAGAACGCCGGUGGAAACGCGUUUGGCAUGGGGCCGGUGGGCGGCAAAUACAACCUGGUGCCGGUGUUUAGCAGCGAGACCGAGUGGACGGUGGACCCGGCCGAGUUGGAGAUGUACGAGGACGAAGACGAGGACGAGGAGGACGAGGAGGACGAGGAGGAAGAGGCCACCGUCCAGGUCGACUGA